AUGUUUGAUGUUUUCGGCUCCGUUAAGGGGCUUUUGAAGCUCGAUUCUGUGUGCAUAGAUAACAAUGUGUUUCGAUUGCAUUAUAAAGCGACAGUAAUCAUUUUGAUCGCGUUUUCUUUACUGGUCACGUCACGACAAUACAUUGGAGAUCCAAUUGAUUGCAUUGUGGACGAGAUCCCUCCAAAUGUGAUGGACACAUACUGCUGGAUUUAUUCGACGUUCACCAUUCCCAACAGGCUCAAGGGCGUUAUUGGCAGGGACGCUGCUCAUCCUGGAGUUGGGAACCACGUGGAAGGCGUCGAUGAAGUUAAAUACCACAAAUACUACCAGUGGGUGUGCUUCGUCUUGUUUUUUCAAGCCAUUUUGUUCUACGUCCCACGUUACCUGUGGAAAACAUGGGAAGGUGGACGCAUUAAGAUGUUGGUUCUGGAUCUCAAUUGCCCGGUGGUUAGCGAAGAGUGCAAGAAUGACAGAAAGAAAUUGCUGGUAGAUUAUUUUGCUACAAAUCUGCGCACACAAAACUUCUAUGCAAUCAGGUUCUUCAUUUGUGAAGCGUUGAAUUUCGUGAAUGUUGUAGGACAAAUUUAUUUCAUGGACCUGUUUCUUGAUGGUGAAUUCACAACAUACGGCUCAGAGGUAGUGAAAUUCACGGAGAUGGAACCAGAAGAUAGGUACGAUCCUAUGGCUCGUGUGUUUCCUAAAGUCACCAAAUGCACCUUCCACAAAUACGGUCCUUCCGGUUCGGUGCAGAAGUUCGACGGCCUGUGUGUGUUGCCCCUGAACAUCGUCAACGAGAAAAUCUACGUCUUUUUGUGGUUCUGGUUUGUCAUCUUGUCUGUGCUCACCGGUCUCACGCUGGUGUACCGAGCCCUUGUGGUCAUGGGCCCCCAGGUCCGCAUGCAUCUGCUGCGCGCUCGUUCUCGUCUUGCUCCUCAGGAGCAAAUUGAAAUUAUUUCACGCAAAUGCCAGAUUGGCGAUUGGUUUGUAUUAUAUCAGCUCGGUAAGAACAUCGAUCCCCUCAUCUACAAGGAAUUGGUUGCAGAAUUAGCCAAGAAGUUAGAAGGAAAAGAAACGGUAUAA